GUCAAUCAAAGCAGGCGACACUUGUUGGUACGCCGUCACAUCUCCGUAGAGCACAGACGAUGUUGGCCCCGCGCGGUACGACUGCAAAGGAGGGCGACGUGGUGCUCGUCUACCACGGCCAUCAAAAUGUCACGCCACUUCAACUGCAACGCGGCGCCGUGCUACACUGCAAAGCUGGCAAGUUUGAGCACAACGACAUGAUCGAUCAUCCGUUGGGCGGCUGCGUGAAGGGCCGCAGCAACCAAAAAAAUGACCCACGUGAGCCCACGGUGCUCAUUCUGCAGAACAGCGCUGACAUGUGGACGCAGGCGGUGCCGCAUCGCACGCAGAUCAUCUACGACACCGACAUUGCGGUAAUUCUCUUGAACCUUCGUUUAGGCCCCGGCAAGCGUGUGGUGGAGGCCGGCACUGGCAGCGGAAGCUUAACGCACUCGCUGGCCAAGACUGUCGCACCCGAUGGCUGCGUGUACACGUGCGACUUCCACAAGCAGCGCUGCCUCGAGGCCCGUAGCGAGUUCCGCCGCAACGGUCUGGACUCCCAUCUCGUGUGCAGUCAGUGGAGGGACGUGUGCACGACGAACGUGGCGCCGGCCGACGUGGUGGACGGAGAAGACGCGGACGUGGAGGCGAUGGAGGCGCCUCUCACGGGCUUUGGCGUGCCGGCAGCGUCUGUUGAUGCCAUCUUCCUCGAUGUCCCCGCGCCGUGGGCUGCGGUGGAUAAUGUCUGCCACGUGCUCAAAGAGGGCGGGAUGCUCUGCACCUUCUCUCCUUGCAUGGAGCAGACGCAGCGCACGGUGGAGGCGCUGCGGGCGGCGCCUCAUCACUUUGUGGACAUCCGCACCGUCGAGGCGCUCACGAAGUUCUACGACCCUGUGUUCAAGCGUGCGCGUGACACUCGCGACCACGACAAAAUCAAGUUCCGCCCCAGUCUCGUCUCCAAAGGACACAGCGCGUAUUUGACUUUUGCGCGACGCCGCCUCUUCAAGUCCGAGGAGGCGGAGGAGCAAACGAUGGUCAGCGAGGUCGAGGAGACCGCGGCUGAAUCUGGCGAGUAA